GGCUUUGGACUGCACGUUCAUAGUUGCCUUAGCAAGAAGAAAAGGUUCCGAUGGAUCCAGUCGUGGCUCUGGUUCUCUGUCUCUCCUGUUUGCUUCUCCUUUCCCUCUGGAAACAGACCCAUGGGAACGGGAAGCUCCCGCCUGGCCCCACUCCUCUCCCAAUUGUUGGAAAUAUCUUACAGUUAAAUGUUAAGCACAUCAGCAAAUCUUUGAGCAAGCUCUCUGAAACCUACGGCCCUGUGUUCACUCUAUAUUUGGGCUGGAAGCCCACUGUGGUGCUGCAUGGGUAUGAAGCAGUGAAGGAAGCUCUGGUUGAUCAUGGAGAGGAGUUUUCUGGAAGGGGCAGUUUCCCACUGGGUGAAAGAGCUUUCAAAGGACUAGGAGUCGUGUUCAGCAAUGGAAUGACAUGGAGGGAGACCCGACGCUUCUCCCUCAUGACCCUGAGGAACUUUGGGAUGGGGAAGAGGAGCAUCGAGGACCGUGUCCAAGAGGAAGCCCGCUGCCUUGUGGAGGAGCUGAGGAAAACCAACGGGUCUCCCUGUGAUCCUACUUUUAUCCUGAGCUGUGCUCCCUGCAAUGUGAUCUGCUCCACUGUUUACCACAUACGUUUUGAAUACAGAGAUCAGGAUUUUCUAUGCUUAAUGGCAAAACUCAAUGAAAACCUCAGGAUUGUAAGCUCCCCAUGGGUCCAGUUCUGCCAUGCUUUCCCUGUACUCAUAGAUUACCUCCCCGGGAGUCACAACAAAGUACUGAAAAAUGUAGAAUUUUUAAAAAAAUUUACUUUGAAAAAAAUUAAAGAACACCAAGAAUCCCUGGACAUUAACAAUCCUCGGGACUAUAUUGAUUGUUUCCUGAUCAAAAUGGAACAGGAAAAACACAAUCCACAGUCUGAAUUUACCAUGGAAAACUUGGCAACCACUGUCAUUGAUCUAUUUGCUGCUGGGACAGAGACUACGAGCACCACCCUGAGAUAUGGACUCCUGCUCCUGCUGAAGUACCCAGAGGUUGCAGCUAAAAUCCAGGAAGAGAUUGACCACGUGGUUGGCAGACACCGGAGCCCCUGCAUGCAGGACAGGAGCAGCAUGCCCUACACGGAUGCCGUGGUGCACGAGAUCCAGAGAUACAUUGACCUCCUGCCCACCAGCCUGCCCCAUGCCGUGAUCAGAGACAUUAAAUUCAGAAACUAUGUCAUCCCCAAAGGCACAAACAUAAUCACAUCGCUGACUUCCGUGAUGCACAAUUACAAAGAAUUUCCCAACCCAGAGAGGUUUGAUCCUGGCCACUUUCUGGAUAAGAGCGGCAACUUUAGGAAGAGUGACUACUUCAUGCCUUUCUCAACAGGAAAACGAAUUUGCGUGGGUGAGGGCCUGGCCCGCAUGGAGCUGUUUUUAUUCCUGACCACCAUUUUACAGAACUUUACCCUGAAGUCUCUGGUUGAACCAAAGGACAUCGACACCACCCCAGUUUACAGUGGGGUUGCCUCUGUGCCGCCUUCAUACCAGCUCUGCUUCGUUCCUAUCUAAGGAAGGGGCAGCCGUCUGCCAGCUGCGGUGCCGUCUGCAGCUUCCCUCCCCUGGGGCACCGUUCACCUCCCUCCCUCUACUGGGGUUGCCUCCUCUGACCUCCCCCCUCCACAUCUCCCCAUGCCCUGAAGAUCCAGGGAGAAUCCAUUAAAGUUGCUUUCCUAUAUUUCACUGCACAAAUUUACCUGCUGUUCUCCCAACUCUGUGAUAUUUAUAUUAACCACCAUAUGCCUUAAAAAUGUUACUAAUAUUGAAUUAUUACUAUAUGAUCACUGUGAAGCAGAGCAAAAAGAAUGAUUAGUGUGUGUUGAGUCACAAACAUACUAUGUUCUGUGUGUUCUAAAGAAGUGUUAAUUUUUGCUGGGUCAGUUCUGAGACUUUCCUUCUUUUGUACAUAAUAAAGCAAGAAAUGAACAAGAUUAAAAACAAAAAGAAACAACAACAACAACAACAAAAAUGGAGUCCAAGGAGGACUUGCCAGUUGUCUUAAGGGGAGCACCAAGAGAUGAUAGAUGAGAUCUCCACAGAGGGUCGCUUGGAUGAGUGCUGCAUACAGUGACUGGAGAUAUGGGUUUGAACGUGAGAGAAAGUGUAUCAAGGAGCAGCUCCAAUUGUGGGGAGAUGUAGAGCGGAUCAGCCAUUGGAAAGAAUGAUCAUUAAGGUAUUACAGUUCAUGACCCCACUUUGCUGUUCCUACAAUACUAAAUGAAGAUUUGAACUAAUUUAAUACUUCUGUUUGCCAACUGAGGCUGAAAUACUGAUGGAUGUUUCCAUAUUGCUAAUUGUGUGUUCUGGGUGUUAAUCGUCUCUGCCCAGGAAGAGAACAAUAUCUCUUGACAAUAUCAUCAGGCUUUAUUCUUUUUCUACUUUUCACCACAUUGUUUUACACAUAACAUAAGUGUGAUGGCAGGUUGAUGCUUUGGUCCUGAAGUUAUUGGCAAAGUGUUAUCUCCAAAACAUAGAUGUCCAAACAUUUUAUACACUUCACAUCAUCAUUGUCUUCCUCCUUCUGUCUUGAAGUAAACAAACGAGAAAUGGCAUCAUGCAUUACCCUUCUCCCAGUUCAUCUUCCAGGGGAAGCCACUUAAACUUUGGCUUCCAUUUUUAAGACAACAAAUAUGUAUAUUGGGGUACACAUGUAUCUGUACACAAAGUAUAAAUUCAUAAAUAAUAUGACAUGGGAUUAAAAUAGUUCUUUACAAAUUUAGAUUCAUAUUAUACAUAUUGUUCUACAAUUUCCUGUUUUUCCAGUAAUUGAUAUAUCUUAUAGGAAAACCUCUAUGAUAACAGAAAAAUGGGGAAAUGAUUCAAAGGACAGAUUAAAGAAGAAGGAAUGGAAAUAGCUAUUUAACAUGUGAAAACAACUUAAAAAUAAAGACUGCAAAUAAAUUACAUUACAUACCUUUUCAACUAUAUUGA